AUGGCUUAUUUUGAUAAAAACACAACAGUGCUUGUUUCUCGAUAUAGGCUAAACGGAGUGCUAGGAGUAGGAAGCUAUGGCAAGGUGUGGUCUGCUUAUGAUCAGCUUACAAAUAAGGUCGUUGCGAUAAAAAAGAUCGCAAGGUUAUUCAAUGAUCUAACCGAUUGUAAGCGAGUACUACGAGAGAUAUGUUUAUUAAAUUUGCUAAAAAGUCACAAUAACAUUGUUAAGUUGUAUGAUAUGUUUAUCGAUGAAACUCAAACUCUAGACAAUUUCGACACCAUUUUCCUUGUGCUGGAAAUUAGCGACAGUGAUUUACGAAAAAUUUUGAAACAAAAUAUUUAUUUAACCGAGCUACACGUAGUGAACCUCGUUUACAACUUGUUGUGCGGUUUACACUUUUUGCAUUUGAGUGGUGUCUACCACAGAGACUUGAAACCAGCGAAUUGUUUGGUCAACAAAGAUUGCGUCGUGAAGAUUUGCGACUUUGGUUUGUCACGAAAUAGAGCAAUGAAAAAACAGCUGACGACUCACGUAGUGACACGAUGGUAUCGUGCCCCAGAGUUGAUUUUACUCGAGAAAGACUACACAGACAAAAUAGACGUUUGGAGUGUGGGAUGCAUUUUUAGUGAACUUUUGCAAAUGAUUCAAGAGAACUGUCUGGAUUACAGGAGCAUAACUACUAGCUAA